UACCCGCUUCUCCGUGCCGCCCCCUGGGGCGGCUUCUAGGAAGGCCGGACACCGCCUCCGUCCUGAGCCGGACGGCGAAACUCCCUGCCUGUUGAAAGCACAGCCCUUAGCCGGGUCUGGGACCUGCCGCUAUGGGGGACAUGAAGACCCCUGAUUUUGACGACCUCCUUGCUGCCUUUGACAUCCCUGACAUUGAUGCGAAUGAAGCCAUCCACUCUGAGCCAGAAGAUAGUGAGGAGCCAGGAGGCCCAGGGAAGCCAGAAGCGAGAGUGGGUGGAGAAGUGGAGGGCACAGAGGCUGUGGCAGCAGCAGCAGCAGCAGCAGCAGCAGCAGCAGCAGCUGCGGAUGACCCUCAGGUUCCAGCCCAGGCCUCUGACCAUGGCCUGCCGCCGCCAGAUAUUCCCACAGUCAGCGUCAUUGUCAAGAACACUGUGUGUCCCGAGCAGUCUGAGACCCUGGCUGAGGGUACAGGAGGGGAAGCAGCCCCGGUGGUAGGGGUAACUAAGGAAGGAACUUCGGGGGCUUCUCUGAUGCAGAAUGGAUUUGGGGUCUCUGAGCCAUCCCUUCCAGGAACUCCCCACUCCCCAGGUCCUCCCAGUGUGGGUACCUGGAAGGAAAAAGCUAUAGAAGGCAACCCCCCCUUGGACCUUUUUGCUCAUUUUGGGCCUGAGCCAGGGGAACACCCGGAUCCCCUGCCUCCUCCUGCGUCCUCCCCACCUCAGGAGGGGGCAGCAACCCCACCUCCUUUCGCAUCACCCUUUGAGCUGGCCCCAGAGAAUGGCCCAGUGCUGCUGCCACCUAGCUCCUCCCCACCCCCUGGGGCCUUGAAACAAGAAAGCUGCAGCCCCCUUCAUCCCCAGGGACACAGCCAGCGAGGCCCAUACUCUAGUCCUGAGGUCACGGGCAUCCCUGCGGGCGCCUCACCCACCCAGCUUGAUGGGGUACCCUUUUUCAAGCAGUCUCCAGGGCACCAGAGCCCUCCUGCCUCUCCUAAUUUGCCCAGCUGUAAGCCCCUGAAGGAAGAAGAGGAGGGGCCGGUGGUCAAGUCUCCUCCUAGAAGUCCCCAGAGUCCUUCUAGUGGAGCUGAGGCUGCAGAUGAGGACAGCAAUGACUCUCUUGCCUCCUCCAACUCCUCUCGGCCCCUCAAGGUGCGGAUCAAGACCAUUAAAACAUCCUGUGGGAAUAUCACGAGGACUGUAACCCGGGUCCCCUCAGACCCUGACCCCCCUGCUCCCUUGGCCGAGGGGGCCUUCCUGGCUGAGGCGGGCCUCCUAAAGCUGUCCCCCGCAGCCCCGGCCCCUGAGGGCCCAAAGGUGGUGAGUGUGCAGCUGGGUGAUGGCACGAGGCUGAAAGGUACAGUGCUGCCUGUGGCCACCAUCCAGAAUGCUAGCACUGCCAUGCUGAUGGCAGCAAGUGUAGCCCGCAAAGCUGUGGUUCUGCCUGGGGGGUCUGCCACCAGCCCUAAGAUGAUGGCUAAGAACGUUCUAGGCCUGGUGCCCCAAACCCUGCCCAAAGCUGAGGGCCGUGGAGGGCUGGGGACGGGAGGUCAGAAGGUGAAUGGUGCCUCGGUGGUGAUGGUGCAGCCUUCAAAGCCAGCUACCGUCUUGGGCACAGCGAGUGGAACGGUGAUCUCACGGACCCAGUCCAGCCUGGUGGAGGCCUUCAACAAGAUCCUCAACAGCAAGAACCUGCUGCCUGCCUACAGACCCAACCUGAGUCCACCUGCUGAGGCUGGGCUGGCCCUCCCACCCACGGGCUACCGCUGCCUGGAGUGCGGGGACGCCUUCUCUCUGGAGAAGAGCCUGGCCAGGCACUAUGACCGCCGGAGCAUGCGCAUAGAGGUCACCUGCAAUCACUGCGCCCGUCGUCUGGUCUUCUUCAACAAGUGCAGCUUGCUCUUGCACGCGCGUGAGCACAAGGACAAGGGGCUCGUCAUGCAGUGCUCACAUUUGGUCAUGAGGCCGGUAGCCCUUGACCAGAUGGUGGGGCAGCCAGACAUCACGCCUCUGCUGCCCGUGGCUGUGCCGCCUGCUCCUGGACCUCUGGUCUUGCCUGUCUUGGGCAAGGCUGAGGGGGCCAUCACCUCCUCUGCCAUUACUGCAAUUGCCACUGAGGCCCCUGUGCUGCCGCUGUUACCAGAUCCACCUACUGUCCCCGCCACCUCUGCAUACACGUGCUUCCGCUGCCUGGAGUGCAAGCAGCAGUGCCGGGACAAGGCCGGCAUGGCAGCCCACUUCCAGCAGCCUGGGCCUGCAACCGCCGGGGCCAAUAGCACUAUGUGCCCAUCCUGCCCUAUGAUGCUCCCCAACCGCUGCAGCUUCAGUGCCCACCAGCGCACGCAUAAGAACCGAGCCCCUCACGUAUGCCCUGAGUGUGGAGGCAACUUCCUGCAAGCCAAUUUCCAGACCCACCUGCGGGAUGCCUGUCUGCAUUUCUCUCGUCGAGUGGGAUACAGGUGUCCCAGCUGCGCAGUGGUGUUUGGGGGUGUGAACUCCAUCAAGUCCCACAUCCAGGCGUCACACUGCGAGGUUUUCCACAAGUGCCCCAUCUGCCCCAUGGCCUUCAAGUCUGCACCCAGUGCCCACGCCCAUCUGCACUCCCAGCAUCCGGCCUUCCUCGCACAGCAAGCCAAGCUGAUCUACAAGUGCGCCAUGUGUGACACAGUCUUCACUCACAGACCCCUGCUCUCCUCACACUUUGACCAGCACCUGCUGCCCCAGCGCGUCAGUGUCUUUAAGUGCCCGUCUUGUCCUCUGCUCUUUGCCCAAAAAAGGACCAUGCUGGAACACCUGAAGAACACGCAUCAGUCUGGGCGCCUAGAGGAGGAGACCCCUGGGAAAGGGGCUGGAGAGGGCCUUCUGACCCCCAAGACAGAGCCUGAGGAGCUGGCCGUGUCUCAGGGCGGGGCAGCCCCUGCGACUGAGGAGUCGUCUUCAUCCUCAGAAGAGGAGGAGCUGCCCAGUUCUCCUGAGCGCCGACGCCCAGCCAAACGGCCCCGGCGGGAACUGGGGAGCAAAGGCAUCAAGGGUGGGGGUGGUGGGCCUGGGGGCUGGACCUGUGGCCUUUGUCACUCCUGGUUUCCUGAGCGUGAUGAGUAUGUGGCUCACAUGAAGAAGGAGCACGGCAAGUCAGUGAAGAAGUUCCCCUGUCGCCUGUGUGAGCGCUCCUUCUGCUCUGCCCCUAGCCUGCGGCGCCACGUCAGGGUCAAUCAUGAGGGCAUCAAGCGAGUUUACCCAUGCAGGUAUUGCACAGAGGGAAAGCGCACCUUCAGCAGCCGCCUGAUCCUGGAGAAGCACGUCCAGGUCCGGCAUGGCCUGCCUCUCGGGCCCCAGUCCCCUGGCAGAGGGAGUGGCCUGGCCCGGGGGCCUGGUGCCAGAGCCCAGGGGCCCGGCCGGAAACGCCGCCAGUCUUCUGACUCAUGCAGUGAGGAGCCUGACAGCACCACACCACCAGCAAAGCCCUCCAGGGGCGGCUCUGGGUCAGGAGGCCACGGUCCCCUACGCUAUCGAAGUGGCUCGGCCGAACAGAGCCUCAUAGGGUUAAGGGUGGAUGGCGGUGCCCAGCAGUGCCUCGACUGUGGUUUGUGCUUUGCCUCCCCUGGCUCCUUGAGCCGGCACCGAUUCAUCAGCCACAAGAAGAGACGGGGUGUGGGGCGAUCCAGUGUCCUGGGGCUGGGGCCUGGGGAGGAGGAGGCUCUUCCUCUGUCCCGGGCUGACCCAGAGGGUGCUGAUUGUCCCCUGCCCACUUCUGGAGGCCCACUGACCUGCAAGGUCUGUGGGAAGAGCUGUGACAGCCCUCUCAACCUCAAGACCCACUUCCGCACACACGGCAUGGCAUUCAUCAGGGCUCGGCAGGGGGGCAGCGGGGACAACUAGGCCCUGGCCCUGGGUCUGACCAGUUCGUCUUCCCUGGGAGCCCGGGGUUUGCUGCUGUUGCUGCUGCUGCUGCCUGCUCCCUAGAUUGAAGGAGUUUGGGGAGUUUGACAUCACAUUGUGUUCGGUCUCUCUUCCCCAACCCUGAAGGAAAAGCUUUUGAGGAUCAUAGUGGUUUGCAACUCCCCUUCGGGUUUGGCCCUUGGGCCUUCGCAGUUGGGCCCUCCAUUCCUGCUUUCUGAACCAGACACUAAUCAUGCUCCUGCUGCAGACCCUCCAGUGUGCAACCUGGGUGGGAGGACAGGACCGCAACACCCUCUACACUUCCUUCAGGCAGACUUUCUUCCUCUGGGCUGGGCCCUGCCCUAGCACCCCAUACUCCCUGGCACUCAAGCCCCUCACCCUGCAGUGCCUUUCACUUGUCUUUUUCCCCAGAAAUCCGGGGGGAGGGGGGUUGGUGGGGAUGAGUCCUGUCAAGGGGGCCCAGGGAGAAGGGGCAGGCUCUCAGGAAUCCUUUAUUCUUGUAGUAGUAAUACUAACUGGGAGAAAACCAGGCCAUUAAAACUGCUCGUGGUUUAAUCUCCA